CCCCUCUUUCAAACAAGUGAGGAUAUGUGUUUCACACUUCUCUCACCAAUUCAUCUCUCUCUCUCUCUCUCUCUCUCUCGCUCUCUCCACUCUCUUUCUCUCUCCGCCAUUUCUGUUUAAUUCUUGUGAAAAUCUGAAGGUUCCAUCGGCCAAUUUUUCCCUUCCAAGCAAAAUGAUGAUCACUCGCUAUUGGAUUGCUUUCAUUGUGGUGCUUUCAUGUCUUCUUGGAGUUUUAGAUGCUAGCGCAGGUGAUGCCGAUCCACGUUAUAGAGCUUGUGUGAAAAAAUGUGAAGAAACUGGAUGUAUUGGGCAAAGAUGCUUUCCACAAUGCAAGUUCUCUUCAGAAGGUGUCUCCAUUGAGGGUCCAUGGUACAUGCAAGAACCCUUGUACAUGAGGUGGAAACAAUGGGAUUGCCAAAGUGAUUGCCGGUACUAUUGUAUGCUUGACAGAGAGAAAGAACGAGAAGCAUCUGGUAAUGGCCCUGUCAAGUAUCAUGGUAAAUGGCCAUUCAAGCGUGUAUAUGGGAUUCAGGAGCCUCUUUCUGUAGCUUUCUCUGCACUCAACCUUGCAAUGCAUUUUCAUGGCUGGCUAUCCUUUUUCAUCCUUCUGUACUAUAAGUUGCCUCUGAAACAAGAUAAGAAGGCAUACUAUGAAUAUGCCAGUUUGUGGCAUAUCUAUGGGCUUUUGUCGCUGAACUCCUGGUUUUGGAGUGCUGUUUUCCAUAGUCGGGAUGUGGAUUUGACAGAGAAACUGGACUACUCAUCUGCAGUGGCAUUACUUGGGUACUCCCUCAUUCUGGCCAUCCUAAGAAGCUUCAAUGUGAGGAAUGAAGCUGCCAGAGUCAUGGUUACUGCUCCACUGCUUGCUUUUGUGACCACCCACAUAUUGUACCUCAACUUUUAUACCCUAGACUAUGGGUGGAACAUGAAAGUGUGUGUUGUCAUGGUUGUGGCCCAGCUUCUCCUUUGGGCAAUUUGGGCUGGCGUCACCCACCAUCCUUCUCGCUGGAAGCUGUGGGUGGUGGUUGUAGCUGGUGCCCUUGCAAUGCUCCUAGAAAUAUAUGAUUUCCCUCCAUAUCAGGGGUUUCUGGAUGCUCAUGCUCUUUGGCAUGCUACUACUAUCCCCCUAACCUACAUUUGGUGGAGUUUUAUCCGAGAUGAUGCUGAGUUUCUAUCCUCUAACGUGCUGAAGAAAACAAAAUAGUUUGUUGUAGACAUGUAAGUAUGAACUCAAGGCUUUGACCACACUAAGUCUUGUCUAUGUUGAAUUUUUUUUUUUUGGUUAGAACAGGAGGAUGCUUAGCUUGAAAUCCUACUGGGGUAAAAAAUCAUUUUUUUUGUUGGGAUUGGACUGUGUAAUGGAACACAAAGUUGAGCAAGUUGGUGAUUCAAUUCUUUAUUAGACACUGCUGCAAGUGCAACUCCUGGAUAGUGUAUUCAGAUGAAAGUAUUGUAUGAGAUCUCAAUAGUGCCAGAUAUCAUCAUCUUGAUUGAUCUCUAGUUAGACCCAGGGAUGGGGGAUUACAUGUGUCCAUGCUUGGUCAGGUGCUCAAAGAGUCCAAACACCUCAUCAUAAGCAGAUUUGGGGGUUUGCUUUUAGUGUUUUGUGAUAUGUGGGGUUUUCCUUCUGCUGAAUUGAAGUGAAUAGCAGCAUGUAAAACAUUUUUGAUAUAUGGUAUGGAAUUUUUCUUCUCUACUA